AUGCAACGUCCAGGGCAAUACAUCACUUUCAUCCGAUCUCUACAGAAUCGCGCGAACCCUGCAGAGGCGGAGCACAUCCUCAAGGCCAUCGCCGCGCAAGUCAAGAGGAUCAUGGGAGAGCGGUUUAUGCUGAUCGGCACGCUCGAGGAGGCGGCAUAUAACGGUGUUUUCGCGGGUCGUAACUGGAAUCAUGGUCAGACCGUGGAACUGGUUCUCCGUCGUCCCAACGGCCAGUUCUAUCCACUAAGCUACAUGCUCUCUGUCAUGGCCCAUGAGAUGGCCCACAUCACGGUAUGUUCCUCCGGUGACGGAGUUGAUAUCAAGCACAUGAACCACGGACCAGAGUUUAAGAAACUCAACGCCGCUAUUAGCAAGGAUAUCGCCGAUCUGCAGGCGCAAAGACAUUACGGUGACGGUUUCUGGUCAGACGGGAAGCGUUUGCAUGACGGCGCUUUACUCGGUGCAGAAGGACUCAAAGCGAAUGAGCUGCCUCUGUAUGUGUGCGGAGUGACCAAGUCCGACGCACGCAAAACGGGCACCCGCCGUGGGUGUGGGCCCGCCAGUAGCCGCGCACGGAAGAUGGUUGACGGAGAGGCGUCACAUCGUUCCGGCCGGCAGACGGAGCGUCGUCGCAAAUAUGGGGCGCGUAACAAUGUCGACAUGGGAGAGAGCAGCGGGCGACUGGAUGGCCUUCGGGAACUCACAAAAGAGGACCACGAGUGGCGCAAAGAAUGGAUUGACGAGCUAGUCACGCAAUUUGUGGGGCAGGGGUUGGAGGAGAAGAAGGCCAAGCGCCGAGCUGCAGACCAAUUCAAGAAGCAGAACCCGUGGUACAGAGCUGGCAAUACCCGAGGAAAGCAUGCGGCGGCUGAUCGAGCCGCAGCAUACGAACGUCUCCUGGGAAUUGGGAGCCAGCCGAAGCCAGAGGACGAAGAGGACAAGUUGGAACUUACAGCCUACGAGUCUGAGGAAGGCGAGGGCAGCAGCAACGAUGACAUCCAAAUCAUGGACGUUGAAGACCCUCAUGUUUCGAUUGAGGAACGCCGGAAGGAACUGGACACAGAGCACAAUGGCGAAACCUCUGGACCAAGUGGAGGCCUGCGUCCAGAGUGGGAAGAGUUCUUCGCACAGCCCGCCACGUCCAAAGCAGGGCGCGAAUUGCGCGGAUCCGAUCGAUCUGGGAUGUCGUCCGGCAGGUCGAGUUUCCCAAAGGGACGUGGGAGGGCGGCCGCCUCUUGCGAUGAGCCGAUUGAGAUCCUGGACAGCUCUGACGAGGAGUGCGAGCCUCACAAACGCUUCCGGACGGCGAAGGGGGACGGAGACUCAACGAAGCAUCUGACUCGCGGGACUGGCCGCCAGACACAAGCUUCAACUUCGAGUUCCUUCAGCGAGCGAGACCUAAUCCGAGAGCAGCGUCUCCGAGCUCUUGGGGGAGCCACGACAACGCUCUCUGGCACAUCUCACCCUAGUGGGGGUCGAUCUGUCUCCAAGGCGACGAUCAAGCUCGAGGAUUGGACCGAUGGAUGGGCGUGCAGUGUGUGUAGUCUCAACAACCCGGACUCGCGGACCCGAUGUGGUGUCUGUGAGGCACGUCCAGACGGCACAGGCUCCAUUGCUCAAGAAUGA